UGACAGCUGUUCUCUGUUCAGUGUUCACACUCGUAACGUCUUCGUUAAGGUUAGGAAGGAAAUAUUCUAAUAAAUAAAUGAUUUGGUAACAAAAAUGGCUUUAAACAGGUUAUUUUCAAGCCUUGCUAUUUCAACUACAACAAAUCUUAUUUCAAAACGAACUAUACACGUGAGUGUGGUUUCAUUUGCGAGUAAACCUAAUAUAGAAAAACCAAAGCCAGGAUUUGGAAAAAGUUAUAGGAGAAUCGUUCAUUUUCCGGAAGAAUAUACAGUAAAGCCAUUAGACGUUACAAAUUUAGCUGGACGAGAUCCUGUAACUGGACGAAUUGUAGCUAAGGGAAUUGGAGGUGGAAUAAAACAUAAAUACCAUUGGAUUGAUUGGAUUAGAGAUGGACCAACAGAAGGACCACCUCAGGAAGAAAAGGUCAUUCAGAUUUUGGAAGAUGGAUGCAGAACUGCUCAUGUGGCUCUUGUAGCUGUUGGAGAUAAGUUAAAAUACAUCCUUGCUACUGAAAAUAUGAAGGCUGGUGACAUCAUUAAAACAUCAAGACAUCUUCCAAGAAUACCAGUGAGGGCAAAUGAAGGUGAUGCUUAUGUACUGGGAGCUCUGCCCACAGGGACUUUGGUUAAUUCCAUUGAAAAAGAGCCAGGUCAAGGUGGGCUGUAUAUUCAUGCUGCUGGAACUUAUGGCACAAUCUUGCGAAAACAAAAUGAUAGAGUUAUAGUACAGAUGCCAUCUAAAAGAUUAUUUAGCUUUAACGAACAUUGUAUGGCAGUUGUUGGUCGUCUAUCAAACAUAAUCCAUGGGAGUACCCCAAUCGGUUCGGCACAACGCAUGAGGUGGCUCGGGAACCGACCUCGAUCUGGAUUGUGGAAGAGAAAGGACGGAAGACACGGUAGAAAAAUCAAACCACCAAAGCCCGUGAAGGAAAUUCAACAUCCCAAGAAAUUCCCAUUGCCCGCCAUACAAUUCUCUAUGCGCCCUUAAAUGUUAAAUGUAGAAAUAUAUAGAUGUUAUAGAUUUUAUUUAAAAUGAUGCAAAUCUUUCAUUUUAUCAUGAAAAUUUAUACAAAAUCUAAGAAAAUCACUUAUAGUAUAGAAAAUUGCAAUUUGAUGAAAACUUACAUAAAUUGUUCUGAAUGUAUAACCGAAUAAUAUAUUUGUAUUGGCGUAGAAAAAAAAUUUAAUGUCCUUGAUCAAUGCUGUAUAAUAAAAAUCACUACAUGUGUAUACUACACAUAAGGCAAAGUCGCUUCACGCGUCUGUCCUUAUGUAUGUAAUGUACGUAUCCUAAGAUCAUUAAAACUACACAGCGGAUUUUGAUAGGGGUUUUUUUAAUAAAUAGAGUGAUUCAAG